AUGUCUCUCUGCCUAAGCGGUUUCCUCACGAGUCCUACGUUUCUGAGCACAUCCCUCGCGCUUCAAGGCGGCAUUGUAACCGUCCUACUCAUCCUCACCUACCCACUCGUCCUCGACCUCUAUUACACGUUCGGCCUAUCCCAAUUACCUCGUUACAACACGCGAAGAUGGUACGAACUGGGAUACGGGCCCGCGAAAGCACGAUAUCACACCACGGCACCGAUUCUGAUUAAAGAAGGUCUGGAGAAGCAUCGAGGCCCGUUUUACAUCUUCUCGGACAGCCAGUAUCGACUCGUGCUGCCGACGCGGUAUGCACACAUGAUUCGCAAUGAGGAUCGACUGAGUCUGGCGGUGUUUUUCAAUGAGGAAUUCCAUGCGCAUAUUGCCGGAUUCGAGCCGUUUAAGGAGUUGAACGCUGACAAUGGCAUUGUGAGGGAUGUGAUUAAUUACAAGCUGUCGCGAUCGUUGCCCCUGCUCGUGGACCCCAUCUCCCAGGAAGCAACCAUCGCUCUUCGGCGAUAUUGGGGUGAUGAUCCAGAGUGGCGCGAGCACCCCCUGAAGCAUUCGGUCGACAGCACCAUCGCCCAAGUGAUGUCCCGUGCCUUCCUGAUGGACGACCUCUGUCAGGACCGCCGCUGGCUGGACAUCGUUGUCGAGUAUACCGAGCAGAUCUUUCUGGUUGCCCGGGUCCUGCGUCGCUGGCCGAAAGCCCUACGCGCCCUCGCCGCAUCAUUCCUCCCCGAAUCUCGCAAGCUCCGAAUGCUUCUCCAAAAAGCCCGAGACCUGCUGGACCCCGUUAUAGCCAAGAAGAUUCCAAGUUGCGAUAUGGCAUCUGUGCCGGAAAAGCCGUCACCAAGCAAUUUGGGAACCUUCAAGUGGUUCCACGAAUGUGCCAAGGGACGCCCGUACGAUGCAGCAGCCAUGCAGCUCUCCUUCGCGUUCGUGGCCAUCGACACCACCUCGGAUACCAUGGGCAACCUCCUGUCUGAUAUAGCGGAACGUCCUGAGUUGCAAGAGGCGAUGCGGGAGGAGAUCCGCUCAGUCUUUGAAAACGAAGGCCUCAGUAAGCCUGCGCUACAGAAGCUCAUGCUGAUGGACAGCGUGAUGAAAGAGAGCCAGCGACUGCGGCCUGGUGGGCUAGUUGCUAUGCAACGGAUUGCAAAGGACAAGGUUGUUCUACCAGACGGUACGAACAUACCUCGAGGCACCUCGAUCAUGGUUGCUGCGCAUCAAACCCUCGACGCUUCCAUCGAGCCGCAAGACACGCGGUUUGAUGGCUAUCGCUUUGUGCAGCGCAACGAGAACGCCACCCGCAAUCUAUCAUCUCAGUUUGUUUCUACUAGUCCCAACUAUCUCGGCUUUGGGCAUGGGAAGCAGGCCUGCCCGGGGAGGUUCUUCGCCGCAAUGGAAAUCAAAAUCACCCUUUGUCACAUGCUGUUGAAUUACGACAUGAAGCUCGUUAAGGAUCGGAACGAGCAGACGUUAGUCAAGGGCCAUAACUAUACAACCUGUCCCAGAGCUACUAUUGUUAUCCGGAGGCGUAAGGAGGUGCUUCAGCUAUAG